UACCGCCUGUACUGACGUGACCAAACGGGCACAGUGUACUCUCGCGAUACCACCCCAGUGGUCUAUUACGCAUGCAGGCUGUGGGUUUGAACCCGACUGGCGGUGGCUGUCGCUUUUGGUGUAAACGGGCUGAAGAGUCAUUGUCAUGCCACCAUUUCGACAAGUUGGAGAGAAGCAACUUCCCAAUGAAAUACUUUACAUGGUGUGGUCCCCUAAACGGGAUCUCAUUGCACUUGCAAACAAAACUGGAGAGGUUUUGCUUCAUCGCCUUGCCCACUUUCAACGAGUCUGGAGUUUGGCACCUAAUGAAAACACAGGAAAAGAAGUAACAUCACUAGCGUGGAGGCCAGAUGGAAAGGUCUUAGCCUUUAGUCUUGCAGACACAAGGCGAAUUGUUUUAUGUGAUGUGGAAAAAGCAGAGAUCCUACAUUUUUUCUCCUUGGAAAACGUAGUUACCUGUAUGCAUUGGACUGAGGUGAUGGAUCCGAAGAGUGCUCCUACCCCAGUCAGUUUACUAGAUGAAGAGGGAAGUCUUUUCUUGCCCAAGUUGCCUGCAUUACCGAAAAGUUACAGUACCUCUGCAAAGAUUUUCAGUGAAGAAAAAGCAGAUGAAGUCACAAAGCUAUUAGGUGACAAAAGGCUAAAUACCCUUGUUCUUGGAGGGGAUUCUGGAUUCAUCGAAUUAUAUGCAUAUGGAAUGUACAAAAUUGCAACGGUAACACAGAUUGCAGGCCGCUGUCUGGAUCUUUGUUUAUCCAGUGACCUGAAAGCUUUGUCUGUUAUCACAGAAGUUCAAUUGUCCAAGGAACCAGAACCAAUUAUCAGCUUUUUUCAGUUGGAUACCACUUUGCUAUCAGAUUGUUUACCUGAGGUAACUCGCAUGGCUCGGAAGUUCACUCAUAUUUCAACACUGCUCCAGUACCAAAAGCUGUCUUUAGCCUGCAUGUGUGAAGCAUGGGAAGACAUUUUGAUGCAAAUGGAUUUAAGACUGACAAAGUUUGUGCAGGAAAAGAGCACGAAGACUUCCGUGCAAGAAGAGUUCAUGGAACUACUGAUGUGGGGAAAAGCUAGUCCGGAGUUGCAGUCUUUGUUAAUGAACCAGCUAACUGUUAAGGGCUUAAAGAAACUUGGACAGUCCAUAGAAUCAUCUUACUCCAGUAUUCAGAAAUUGGUUAUUAGUCACUUACAAAGUGGCUCAGAGGCUCUCCUGUAUCAUCUAAAUGAGUUAAAGGGAAUGGCAAUGUGGAAACAGAAAUACCAACCUUUAGGGUUAAAUGUGCCAGCCAUAGAAGAUGCCAUAAAUGCUGUAGGAACAUUUAUACUGAAAGCAAAUGAAUUGUUACAAGUUAUAGACAGUAGUAUGAAAAGCUUCAAGGCAUUUUUCCGAUGGCUGUAUGCAGCAAUGUUGAGGAUGUCUGAUGAUCAUGUUUUGCCGGAGCUAAACAAGAUGACACAUAGAGAUGUUUCCUUUGUUGCUGACUUCCUGUCUGAACACUUUAAAGAGGCACCAGAGCUUUAUGAUCAAAAGGGCCAGUACUUUAAUGUUGAGAGAGUUGGUCAGUAUUUAAAAGAUGAGGAUGAUGACCUAGUAACUCCUCCAGAGACUGAAGGAAAUCCGUGGUUUACCUUCUUACAAAAUAGUGUCCAUCUUAAAGAAAGUCCCUUGCUUUUUCCAUAUUUUCCUAAGAAAUCACUGCAUUAUGUUAAAAGACUUGUGGAAGCACAGAUUGAUAGUUGCCUACAAAAGCCGGCUGAGGUGAUUGGAAAUUCUGUCCAUCAAGUUGUCUACAUGCCUCUGUACAAGCUGCAUCCAAUUGAGGGGAUUGCACCCAGAUUUUCACUACCAUCAUUUUGGAACGAUAAGUCAUCAAAUCUACUGUAUGUAGUGUUCACAAUGCACAGCAUUGAAUCUUCCAGAAUCUAUAUUAUGCGGAGGCCGACAGACCUUUCAAGGUCUGUUUCCAAUUGGCUGCUUGCUGUAGAGUUUGGAGAUCUGGUGUGGAGCACCAGAAAUGACAGUAACAAGGAAAGUCACUUCAGCUUUUUGGAUGUUGGUUUUUAUGAUGAUGAAAUGCUAACAGUACUAUUGAAGGGACACACAGACAAAGAAGAGAAAGGUCGAAUCUUGGCACAGUUACCGUUAUCAUCGAUUUACAUCAAUGACGAAACCGAGGAAGAAUUCAACUUGGAUGCUGGUAAAAGGAUAGAUGAACAAACCAAUCAAAUUCCAGUUCAGACAGUAGUCCUUGAAAAUCAGUCUCGGACCUUAGAGAAUAUGAAAGCACAAUACCUUGCCGUAAAUGGUAUUCGUAAAGUAUCUUGUGUGCUCAGUUCAAACUUGCGACAUGUACGCGUUUUUGAAAUGGAUGUAGAAGAUGAUGGGGAAGUAGAUGAAGAGGAGGAGCAGGAGGAGCCAGAGUCUCAAAACGUUGGUGAGACUAAAGAAGAGAUGAAAGAGACUGUGAAUGCUCAAGAUAAUUCUGAUGUCAAUGCUGUAGCCAGCAUCGAGAAGCCUGUAUCGUUUGAGGAUGACGCUUCCAGCCUGGAAUCCAUUCCUGGAACCUGGAGUUAGUUUGUGAUAUGUAAACUGCAGUCAUGAACCAGUAUUUCCUAGUACUAGUCAAGUUUAUUUUUGUGGAGAGUAAGUAGCCAGUGGCAGCGUUUUGCACUCCCAAGUCAACUGCAACAGUAACUGCAUGGUAAAUCUCUGAAAAACUAAGAAAAGGUUUCAUUCACUUAGCUUUUGUGAAGUUGUUGACACAAGUUGGAAAUUAUACUAAAUCCAUAAUGGCUGGUGCAAUUUGCUGUGAAUGCUAUUUGUACGAAUUAUAUUACAUUGUUCUGACUUUCACAGCACAUGCAAUGUUUGAAAACAUUAGCACACUGGCUAACAAUAGAAUCAACUCUCUAGUCUUAUUUGAAUACGGUCUCACUGAUAAGCUUGCAUAAAUUGAGCCCUUGUUUCUACAGGAUGUAAAACCAGCCCAGACUUUCAACUGUUCACUUAAGAGGCGAAAGUGUGAGAAUGGAAACUUAAUAUAUUGCAAUGAGAUGAUAGAGGUCACUGACGAGGUUUGGGGUGAAGCACACUAGGAAUGCUUUCAUAUGUAUGCUCAUUGUAAUGAGAUUGUGAGCCUGCUGUUUGUGAAUUCGUUGACUAAAUGAAUGAAACCUUUGUUCAGUUUUCAGAGACAUUUACCAUGCAGUUACUGUUGCAGUUGACUUGGGAGUGCAAAACGCUGUUAUUGGGUACUUACACUCCACCAAUAUCUUAAGCUGAACAAAUGCAAUUAUGUAUAAGCAGGAAGUUCUCAUUAAUUUUUCUGCUGAGAUUUUGAUAUGUCAUUUACAUUAUUUUCUGUGUGAUAGUGUAAAAUCUUUAAUUAAAAUGGAAUGUAAAAGCAGUUAACUUUGCCUUGAAUUAUGUUGCCUUGUGCAUGAUUUAAUAGAACUUUGUUACAAAUACUUCCAGUAAUGUACAUUGUUACACUUUGAGGAGUAAUUUAAUCUGAGUAGUAGCAAAAUUCUCAGGAUUUUACCUAAUUUACUUCAGUUUGUUCAUAUUUAAUUGAAAAUGCUUUUCAAAUGAAAGCUUGUAUCUUCCUGAAUACAGUUUUAUUUUAUCUUUUGUCAUAUCAAAUGAGUUGAUCUUGGAUGUUGACUGCUUCAUUGCUAAAAUUCAGGACUGACAUCAUAUCUUUAAGUUUUACAAGUUUUAAAUGUGUGAAUGCAUGUAAAGCUGGGUUUUAUGCUAAAGAGCAAGCAUAUGGAUUUGAAUUUGUACAAGACUUGCCACAAUUGGAAUUGGUUUGUAGAUACAGGCAUCCUUUUAAAAGGAUAUUAGAAACUUGCAAAUCAAGAAUGUACACUUUCCUAAAAUUCACCAAACAUGGGAAGUACAGAUUUUUAAAAAAUAUUUUGAAAAAUGGAAAAGUUGAAAAAUUAUAUGUUUAAUAUUAAA